UUUUGUGCAUUUCCUGGAUUCUUUGCCAGCCAAAAGUUGAUUACAUCUAUAGGAACCAACUGAAAACCUAAAUUGCCAUGACUGCUCACCAGGGUUGCAAAAUUGGUUAGCUGGGUCAUAAUCUCCAACAAAAGCUAUGUUUUGCCUUCUGCCACAGAAGCAGACAUGAGCCACAGUGCAUCCCAGACAGAGGGGGCGGGCGGUGCUGCGACUGGCCCAGCUGGCACCAUCCGCUCAGUGCCUGCUGUGGUUAGCUCGAAGGAGGGUGCGGUGGACGUCGAGAAUGGGCAGGACAUCAAUGCCGGUACGUCCGUGACACCAGCGCCCCAAGACAGCCGGGCGUCCGUAGCGUCAGCGCCCCGAGACAGCCGGGCGUCCGUGACGUCAGCGCCCCGAGACAGCCAGGCGUCCGUGACGUCAGCGCUCCGAGACAGCCAGGCGUCCGUGGCGUCAGCGCCCCGAGACAGCCAGGCCUCCGUGGCGUCAGCGCCCCGAGACAGCCGGGCGUCCGUGACGUCAGCGCCUCGAGAUAGCCGGGCGUCCGUGACGUCAGCGCCCCGAGACAGCCGGGCGUCCGUGACGUCAGCGCCCCGAGACAGCCAGGUGUCCGUGACAUCAGUGCCCCGAGACAGCCAGACAUCAGCACAGUCAAAGGGCUCUGGCCCCGUGUCGGCCUCCGGAUCGGCGGAGCAAGCGUCGUUCCAUCACAGGGUUAGCAUUCAGACGCCCUCCAUGCAGGCUGCUGGGAAGAAAGGUGGAGAGGAAGGUGGCCAAGAUGGAGAAAAAGAAGAGAAAACAGAGCAGGAUCAAUAUGAGCUGGCCGAGGAGCGGCACCGGGCGCUGCGCGAGCGGCUGCUGCACCUGACGCAGCCGCGCGCUUCCAUCCUGAGCGAGCGCGGCGAGGCGCGGCCCGGCGCCAGCGAGCAGCGCAGCAUCAUCAGCCAGUACCUGCGCCAGCGCGACCCGCGCCUCUUCAUCAGCAGCCAGCGGCGCGUGGUGCGCUCCUUCCUGCCGCCCAUCUUCCGCAGCCGGUUCGCGCCGGCCGAGACGCCGCAGCGCGCUGCCAGCUCUCAGCGGCGCCUGCCGUCCAAGAUGGCAGAAACACAGCGUACCAUGGAGCGCACGUACUCGACCAAGAAGCACCGGAUGCCGGCCGAGCAGGAGCUGGAGGACCGCAUUCUGCGCGAGCGUUGCCAGCUGCCCAUGCUGAGCAGGGCCAGCGCCCACUGCCAUCGGAGCGAGAUGAAGCACAACUUCUGUAUCGACGUGCUGGAGCGAGGCUGCCACCAGACGCACACGGAGAUGUUCCACAUCCUGCGACGCGACGAGGCGGUGAAGGCGGCCAUGGCCGAUCCGCCGGCGCUCAUCGAAUACACGCCGCACAAGCUGCAGAAGCUCAAGCAGUGCCUCGUCGACAUGGAAGAGGCUGUCCGGAAAUUGGAUUAUAUGUCCGGGUACGCCUCCGCAAACGACCUGGCCUUUUUCUUCCUGAAAGAGCCCGCUGAUCUGUGGCUGGCUAACCACUUCUUCGAUAAAUGCCUCGAGUUCGGGAAGAAGAUCGAUGACGACGGGAAGAUGCGGGAGAGCGAGGCGCAUUGCAACGUGGGCAUCAUGAAUUUCUUUGAUGGCAACAUCGACCUGGCGCUGACGCACCUGGAGAAGUUCCGUCGGCUCUCCUACAAGCAGGUGUGGGAGACGAUCGACAACUACUCCUACUAUCGCUACUCGUGCCUGCUGCUGCAGGACGUCUACCUCAGCCAGGCCGUGGCCGCCGAGAAGGAGGACCUGGAGAAGGCUUUCAAACUGUACCUGCGCGCCUCGGUCAUGGCCAACCAAGCCCAGAACAUGCAGGCUGAGGCGAUGGCGCAAUACAACCUGGGUGAGAUCCAGGAGAAAAUGUGCAACUGGCAGAACGCACUGCGCCGCUACGACGCCUACCUGCGCCUCUCCGACAAGCUUCUCAACUUCAAGGGCGUGUGCACCGGCUGCUUCAAGGUCGCCAAGUGCCACGAGGCUAUGGAUAAGCUGCCCCUGGCCGUGGAUAACCUGAAGAGGAGCGAGCAUAUCGCGCGCGGGCAGCACCUGGACGAGGAGAUUAUCCGGGCCAGCUCCGAGCUUGGUCACAUCUACCUCUCCAUGGGCAAGAACGACCUGGCGUUCCGGCAGUUCAUGCAGGCCUACCAGUACGUGGAGCUCUCGGAGAACGUCAUCAACGACCACAGCUACGUGGCCAGCGCCAUGGUGGGCAUCUCCAGCGCCAGCAGGCUGCUGGCCGACUUCAACGAGCUCGUGUACGUGUGGGGCGACGAGGAGUUGGAGCGGGUGCUCGCCUGGAAGACGGCCCGGGAGGGCAUGCACGUGGAGGAGCGCGCCGGGUCCAAGUGGAUUUAGCGUCGGCCUGCGCUGCCGGUGCUGCUGCGUUGUCUUCAGCCGCUGCUGACCGCAGCUGUGUGUCGUGCCGUCGCUAGUUUCGAAGGCGAGAGGAGAGGAGGGGAUGCAGCCCCCGAUGCUGCGGAAGCUCCGCGGUGCGUGCAGCUGUCCGGUGGCCCAGGGCGGCCUGUUGUGGUGUUGGCGACGCGACGCAAAAGUGUUUCAGUGACCGCGGAAGUCCAACCGACGGGGGACAAAAAGCUUGCUUCAGUGUCUGGAUGCUGGUUGUGAGAUUGGGAUUGGCAAAUCCGUUGUUGAAAAAUGCUCAAUAUAUUUAGCAUGCAUAUGUUGUGUGCUUGAUAUGUGUCAGCCCAACCAUUUAUCUAAGGGCAAUGCGAAUCGAAAGCAGAUCACGAUAUCGAAGUAGACGUAUUUGCCAAAUGGCACGUGUGUAGAGCAAAUUUGCAUGUGUACCUACUUGUGUGUUCUA